AUGUCUCAACAGUUAGAAUUGCUAACGGAGUCAACAUCACAAUGGAUUUCAGUAUCAUAUGUAACACCGGAAAUACAAAUGAAGGAAAUCAAACCGUUUGUUGCUUUGGCCGUCAAAGAACUUGAAGGUAAUCCGGACAGUCGGAUAUCAAAUCUCAUGAAUGUUAACAAGUUUGCCGCAGUCAGAGCAGUAGUGAGACAUGUUUCACGUCUUAGAUCAGCUAUUAAAGAACCUUGGAACAAAAGUGACUUACAGACAUUCCUUGAGAGUUUGAGAUUUUCAUCAGACUGUGCUCGUGAACUGUCUUCAUUACUGUGUUCCGAUGUCAUAUAUGAGAAGAUGCCCAAACAUCUCACAGUUAAACCCGGCAUAUUGAGUCUCACAUGGAAAAUAGAUGUUUCUUUAAGUCAAUCAAAUAUUUCUUCAGAGAAUGCAGACGGAGAUCAAGCGAAGAAAAUCAUGUUCAGAGAUACAAGAGUAAUAUUGUUGUUUAAAUUAACAAACGGACAGACAUACACAUGUAGACUGAGUGUUAGUAAAUUACACGAACUCAGAUAUGUUGUGGCCAGCGCAUUGAAAUGUAUGAUAGUUUUGGAGAAACGGAAAUGUAUGAGGAAUUUAUAA